UUGUUUGAGGUUAUGUGACCAAUGCCAUGGCAACAACCCCCCUCCACCCCCAAAUGCCAAUUGAAUGACCUCCGACAUCACAAUCACACCCAGUUCACCAUGGUGACGGUCUAAGAUCCGCUCAAUCGCACCAAAAUGUCCAUGGGUUCGGGCUGCCUUCUGAGGAGCAUCCUUCCCAACAAGGCCUGGAGAUACCUCAUGGUCGGCCACCUCCAGCUGCCGGGAGCAGGGGCAAGGAAGAUGUCCAACGGGGCAAUCCGGCGGGGAGGGGGCGCCUUCUCCAAACGGGAGGAGGCUCUGGAAGAAAUGUACUUCAAGAAAAAGGAAAAGGAGUUGAUCGACACGUUGAAGACUCACCACGAGGAGGAAAUCGCAGCUCAGCAGAAGGAGAUCCAACGUCUGCAGGAGAACAUUAAGUGGCACGAGUCAAAGGUGGAGAACCUUGAAGACCAGAAGACCGAUGACACUGAGUGACUGCAUCAGAUGGAGCCGAGACUCUGGCUACUCGGUAUUGCACAAAGGCGGAUGUGUUCCUACAGUAAAUUGUAUCUUUUCAAAUACCAAAUGGGCCUUUGCAUCGUCAAACCUCCAGGAC